GCCAGUAUAUUUUGCCCUAAACAGAAAUCGCAAUGUGUUAAAAGGACAUUGGCGUAAAACUACAGACCCUUCGUUUCAAAUUAAACGCCAGACUUCGAUGUAACUUAGCUAACGUUAGUUAGCUAGAGAAACGUUUGUCCGUGGCUCAGUGGUCAGUUACUAGCGUUAGCUGACUGGCUCUUUGCUGCUAUAUGAUGGCUUCCUAACUCAAAUAGCUAAAAGGGCAAGAAGAGAAAACGACUGAAAUUGUCUAUGGUAUUGGGUUGACUGUCUGAAAAGUCCCAGAGGGUGCAGGUAACUACUACGGUGACAUUCUACCUCUGGUCCCAGUCGCCAUGGCAAAGAAGAAAAACUUGUCUGAUCUUGUGGUGGCGUGUGAAUGGGCGUCCUGCACAUUCAAGGGGAGGACUAUGGAGGAGUUGUGCGACCACAUGUCCCUGCACUUGAAGGACCACAUCGGCGACGGGGACGCGAUGGAGGAGCUGGAUGACUACGCGUGCCUGUGGAAGGGCUGCGAGUUCCUGGCCAUGGGGAGCCCCGGCGAGCUGGUGGUGCACGCGCUCUUCCACAUCUUCCACAGCAAGCUCAAGUUCAUCGGGGCGCAGCUGCUGCGGUCGCACCCCGAGCUGCCCAGCUGCACCCAGGACCUCCACAGCAACAACCUGGUGCCCGAGCUGUCCGAGAAGUUUGUGUGCCAGUGGGAGCACUGCGAUAGCACGUUCAAUAACCCCGAGUGGUUUUAUCGCCACGUGGACAUGCAUGCCCACUGCACCGAGAUGCAGCCGCUCCCGGACCAGCAGCACGCGCUCUUCUGCAGCUGGAAAGGCUGCGACGCCUUCUUCAAGAUCAAAUACCGGCUGCGGGAACACCUGCGCACUCACACGCAGGAGAGGCUGGUGGCCUGCCCCACCUGCGGCUGCAUGUUCUCCAGCAACACCAAGUUCUUCGACCACAUCCACCGGCAGGCGGAGCCCGAGGAAUCCUUUGUGUGCGAGCACUGCGACAAGCACUUUGCCAACGAGAGGCUACUGAGAGGCCACGUCCGGCAGCACGUGAACCACAUCAAGUGCCCGCUGUGUGACAUGACCUGCACUUCCCUGGCCUCCCUGAAGACGCACAUCAAGUUCCGGCACUGCGACGAGCGCCCCUUCCCCUGUGACUUCUGCGAGAGCAGCUUUAAGAACCAGCAUGACCUGCGGAAGCACAUGGAGACCCAUAACGAGGGCGCCGCCUUCCAGUGCACCGUGGAGGGCUGCGACUACUCCUCCCGCAUGGCCCACACCAUGAACCAGCACUACAAGAGGGUGCACGAGGGUGACAUGGUGUCUAAAUACAAGUGCCACCUCUGUGACAAAACCUUCUCCUGGUGCUACACGCUCACGCUCCACCUGCGGAAGAAGCACCACCUCAAAUGGCCCUCCGGACACUCCCGCUUCAGGUACAAAGAGGAUGAGGACGGGUAUCUGCGGCUGAACAUGGUGCGGUACGAGACGGUGGAAGUGACCGAGGAGAUCAUGAAGAACAUGGCCAAGAAGCGCACCCCGCGCAAGGCCCUGGGUUCGAGCUCCGCCCCGGGCAGCCAGGUCAAACGCCUCGCCCCGUCUCCAGGGAACGGCCAGAACGCCGCCCCCUCCCCCUGCUCCUCGUCCUCUUCCUCCUCCUCCUCCUCAUCCUCCUGCUCCUCCGGCCCUGCUUCCUCCGAGCUCGCCGGCGCUUCGCCGGACCCCAAGAAUGACAGCUCGUCCGCGUACUGCGACCUGAGCACAGUCACUGGGCUCGGGGGGGACGGAGACACUUCGCAGGACUCAGAGCUGCCAGGGGCCCCGUCGGGAGCCGUCCGGGCCCUUACUGAGGUGGCCAGGGGCCUGGGGAUGGAUGUGGUGUGACCCGCUGAGCCAAUGUUAGCCUAGCAGUGUGCUCACUAGCGUUCCAGGGAUGGAUGUGGUGUGACCCUCUGAGCCCAGUGUUAGCCUAGCAGUGUGCUCACUAACGUUCCAGGGAUGCAUGUGGUGUGACCCUCUGAACCCAGUGUUAGCCUAGCAGUGUGCUCACUAGCGUUGCAGGGAUGGAUGUGGUGUGACCCGCCCAGACCAAUGUUAGCCUAGCAGUGUGUUCACUAAUGUUGCAGGGAUGGAUGUGGUGUGACCCGCCCAGACCAAUGUUAGCCUAGCUGUGUGCGCACUAGUGUUUGCACGGACGGAUGUGGUGUGACCCGUCCAGACCAAUGUUAGCCUGGCAGUGUGCUCACUAGUGUUGCAGGGAUGGAUGUGGUGUGUGACCUGCUGAGCCCAAUGUUAGCCUAGCUGCUUGUUCUUCAGUGUUCCUGUGACUUUGUCAAAGUGUGGCAGUUAUUGUCACCUGCAGAAUUAACCGCUAACUGCAGCAUUUCGAACUUUGCACGUGUCCAGGGAACUCCUACUGGAGGUGUAAGUCCGGCAGGUUUUUUCACACAGUCGCAUGCUAAUUUAAAGCCCUCAGAACGUCAGUUAAAUCUUCACGGGGAGUGUUCUGACAGCCCGUUUUUGUUGUUGAGCUGUAAUUAAGCUUGGGCUGUGCCGCGUGCGGUAACAGGCGGGAGGGUGAGGGUGGGCGAGUGCCGUUUGGUGCAGAAGCAGUUCCUGCAGGUUCUCGGACCGGCUUUGUUCGGCGCGCGUGCUGCGCGUCGUGCCGAAACGACAGUAUUCGAACGCUCUCAGGUUUAUUCUCAUGUUAAUGGUGGCCGAUAUCACCAGUUUGGUGCCAUGUGGUGAUUUCACUUCCCUUUUAUGGUGUCAGAGUUUGUUCUAUGAAUUGCUUUAAUACUGACACAAUGCUCAGAAGUCUGUGAGGUUAAUUUAACAUGUUCAAUGUUGAUUUGUUUUUUCUGUUGAUUAAUUCAGGAAAGGUCUCUGAGAUUGAAGGCAUACUUUGAAAAACACCACAGGUUUCACAUCCAUGAGACAGUCAUUAAAAUGGUAGUUCAGCAUACCGAAUAAAGUACUGGUUAUUUAAGUUAUUUUUAUUUUAUUUUUCUUACUACAUCUGUAAAAAGUUUUAAAAAAUGUUAAUAAAUUGCUUUUUAAUUAUU